AUGUCAUCUUUCCAAUUACAGAACUCAGAGGUUUUGGCUCGACUUAAACCAUUUGGUAUUCUGUUUGAAAAAUCACUUAAUGAUUUAAUCAAAGGAAUAAGAGCUCAUACUAAGGAAUCACCAGAAAGUUUAGGUAAUUUUCUUGAUGUGGCGAUUCAAGAAUGUCGAAAUGAAUUGACAACAACAGAUCUAGAAACUAAAGCCAUGGCGAUUCUUAAAUUAGCAUAUUUGGAAAUGUAUGGAUUUGAUAUGUCUUGGUGUAAUUUUCAAAUUCUUGAAGUUAUGUCAUCGAGUAAAUUUCAACAGAAAAGAAUUGGAUAUUUAGCUGCCAUUCAAUCAUUUAAAAAUGAACAAGAUUUACUUAUUUUAGCCACUAAUCAAUUCAAAAAAGAUCUUAAUUCUCAUAAUCAUGUUGAUAUUGGAUUAGCUUUGAGUGGGAUUGCCACAAUUGUUACACCAAGUUUGGCUAAAGAUAUUAAUGAUGAUGUAUUGAUGAAAUUAAAUCAUUCCAAACCAUAUAUUAGGAAAAAAGCUAUAUUGGCAAUGUAUAAAAUAUUUUUACAGUAUCCUGAAAGUUUAAGAUUAAAUUUUAAUAGAGUCAUUGAAAAAUUAGAUGAUUCAGAAAUUGCCGUGGUUAGUGCUACCGUUAAUGUUAUUUGUGAAAUCUCUAAGAAAAACCCAAAUAUUUUCAUCAAUUAUUUACCUAAAUUCUUUGCCAUUCUAGAAGAUACGAAAAAUAAUUGGUUAAUCAUUAGAAUUUUAAAAUUGUUUCAAAGUUUAUCUAAAGUCGAACCAAGAAUGAAAAAGAAAAUACUCCCGACAAUUAUAGAUUUAAUGUUACGAACUCAAGCAUCAUCAUUGAUAUAUGAAUGUAUCAAUUGUAUUGUUAGUGGACAAAUGCUUUCUGCAGAUUCAUCUAAAGAUAAAGAAACAGCAAAACUUUGUAUUAAUCAAUUGAAACUUUUCUUUUUGACAAAUGAUUCCAAUUUGAAAUUUGUUGGAUUAAUAGCAUUAAUCAAUACUUUGAAAAUUUUCCCGAUUUUGAUAAAUGAUGUGGAAGGUAUAUCCGAAAUUGUUUUAGAAUGUUUAAAUGAUCGUGAUUUGAUUAUUAAACGUAAGGCAUUAGAAGUGUCUAAUUAUCUUGUUAAUGAAGAUAAUAUAACUGAAGUCGUUAAAAUUAUGUUAAUGCAAUUAGUGCCAGAUAACAAUAUGAUUGAUGAUAUGUUAAAGUUAGAGAUCACAUUGAAAAUUCUUCAAAUUGCAUCACAAAAUAAUUAUGUCAACAUCCCUAAUUUUAGAUGGUAUGUUGCUGUUUUAAAAGAUGUUAUUAAUUUAACUUUAUUGCCAGUGGAAGGAGCCACCAAUUCGGGUUUAAUAGCAUCUCAUAUUGCUAAUGAAAUUUCAACUGAAGUUGGUAAAGAAUUCAAAAAUUUGGCAACCAAAGUUCCAUCAGUGAGAUCAUACUUGUUACAAAAUGUCGUUUUAGAAUUAGUUCAAGAUGUGAGAUUAUUGGAUUCUUCUGCAUUAAUAUUAAAAGAUUUAUAUUGGAUUUUGGGUGAAUAUAUUAGCGAGUUGAAAGUAACCCAAAAUGAUGACGGUGAUGAUGACAGCGACAGUGACAGUGAUGGAGAAGAUGCACAAGUUAUGGUUUUAGAUAUAGAUAAGAAAAUCAAAGUUUUUAACACAUUAAUUAAUUAUCAAAUAGAUAAGAAAUUGGGUUUAACUUCUAAUAUUCAUUUUCCAGUAUCAGCAAAACUCAUCAAUUUACAUUUUACAUCUGUGGUAGCAGUAUUAAUACAAGCAUUAGUCAAAUUAUAUAAUGGAAUUGCUACUGAUUACAUUAAUAAUUUUGCAACUACCAAUGGUCAACUUCCUUUAGAAAAAUAUCACGAAUUAUGCUAUCACUUGUAUCGAUUAAUAGGAUUCUUGAGCAAUUGGGAAAAUCAUCCAAAUUAUGAAGUUCAAGAACGAGCAUUAUCUUGGUUGGAAUUUUUGAAAUUGAUAUUAGAAGCAAUGACUGAUAAUGAUUUUACUGAUAUUAAAAAGCUUGAAGAAUCUGAUUUGAAAAUGUAUAAGGAUUUGCCUAUAGCUAAAGGGGGUGAUUCCGAAUCCGAAUCUGAAUCUGAAUCUGAAGACGACGACGAAGAAGAAGAGGAGGAGGAGGAGGAGAAUGACUACAGUGAAGAUGAUAGUGAAAGUGAAGAUGAUGGGUAUGAGAAUUUAGUUUCUUCUGAUGAAGAGGGCAAUUCAAAACCUUCAAAGUCGACCCUACCAAUACAGGAAGAAGAAUAUAAUCCAUUUGCUGAAAACGAGGAACUGGAAUCAAAAAACCUUACUGGUGGCAAUGAAGCAGAAGAAGAAACACAAGAGCAAGAAAACCAACAAGAAGAUGAUAAUGGAAUGAAGCAAUUGCCAAUGUUACUUACCCAUGUUUUACCCUCAUUUUUCACAGCCUAUACUCUUAACCCCGUUGCCAAGAAUGCUCAACGUAAUGUAGGUGUUCCUGAAGAUUUAGAUUUGAAUACUCAAAUUCAUUCACCAGAUUUCAAAUUAGAACAAUUUGACGAUGAUAGUUCUGAUAGCUAUGAAUUAUAUUUAUCUGAAGUUGAAGAUAUGGAACCAUUAAUUCAUUUAUCAAGUGAUGAACCACAAGAAAAGAAAAAGGAAAGAUUAGAAAGAUUAAAAGAUGAUCCAUAUUAUCUUGAUGAUGAUGCUGUGGUUAAGACUAAAAAGAAAUCCAAGAGUAAAAAAAUAAAAUCAGAAAGUAUUUCACCAGAUGUUGAAAGUGAAAAUGCAUCAAUUACCAACACUAUUGUAUCAGAGACCGAUACCGAUAUGAACAAAAAGAAGAAACAAACAAAGAAGAAAAAAACAAAUAAAUUGAAAAAGGAAAAAGUUCUUAUUUUGGAUGAAGAAACUAUUGUUGGAGAAUCAAAUAUUACUACACCAAUUGAAUCAACUCAAAUUCAAACUCAUAAAGAAAAGAAAAAACCUACUAAAAAGAAUACAUUUAAAAUUGAUUCAUCAAAUUUAGAUAAUUUUGAUUUGGUAUCAAAUGAUUCUGAAACACAAUUGCAUAACGAUAAAGAAUAUGAAAUUGAUUUAGAAGCCCUUCGUGAAAAAUUAAAGAAAACUACUGUUGAGCCAAAGAUUAAGGAUAAGGAAGCAAAGUCAAAGAAAAAACUGAAAAAACUGAAAAAGACCUCAGAAGAAGGUAAAUCAACGACAACAGAAUCCAAUGGUGUUGAACCAUUGAAACCAAAAAAAGUAAAAAAGAAGAAAGCAAUCAUAUUAGAAUAA